AUGCCAGGCCCUGGCUUUGCUGGAGUACCUUACCCACCGCCUCCGGGAUGGUUACCUCCUGGUCAAGGAUUCCCGCCAGGUCCAGGACCCUGGAGCAACACCCAGUUUCCAGGUGGCCCUGGCGGCCCUCCAGGACCAGAUGUAGCCCAAAGGGUCCCGCCAUCCGGCCCGUCGCAGGAUGUCAAAUCAGGCACAGGUGCAGAUCAAGCGAAAACAUCUGGGCCCGUACCAACCGAACCAAAGUCUCUCGCCCAGGGCGGACGACAACCUGCCAAUGCACCAAAUCCACCGGUUGAAUCCAAACCUUCAGCUGAGGAAGUAAAGGCUGUUGCCACGAACCUAAGCAAUGGCUCUGCAACCGCCAAGAACAAGGCACAUACGCGGCCCACACCUGUUGUUCCCCUUACGGGCAAUGCUCCUAAACCAUUUCAACUUCCUAAUACUGGGAAACCAGCUCCUCCUUCUGCCAGUGCAAGGACUGCCUCAACUGCGGCACCACCCAGUGUUGAAGAUGCCACUAGUGCCGCCCGGGCUGCAGUUGCCGUUGCAAUGGCCCAGCUUGGCAAUAGCGGAAGUACUGCCAUGGACAACCUGACGAGCAAAGUCAACGAGAUGCGAGUUCACGCCAACAGAGGAACGUCUAGCGGCCGUGGUCGUGGACGAGGCGGGCGACAGGGAGCUGCGAAGGUUGAAGUCCCUGACUCUGACUUUGAUUUCGCUCAGUCUAAUGCCAAGUUCAACAAGGAGGAUAUUGUCAAGGAGGCUAUUGCUAGUGGCGAUGUUGUCGAAUCUCCAAGCGAGACUGUUAUCAAAGAACCUGAAACACACCCAAGUAAUCCUGAUCCUACUGGCCCCUACAACAAGUCAAGGUCAUUCUUCGACAACAUCUCUAGCGAAUCUAGAGAGAGAGCCGAAAAUGGUGGCCAGAAACCUGGUGGGCGAGAGUGGCGAGGAGAAGAACAGCGCAAAAAUAUGGAAACGUUCGGACAGGGCAGCGUUGAUGGCGGAUACCGCAACUACCGUGGCCGCGGACGAGGCCGUGGAGGCCGUGGCAGAGGAGGAUUUGGCCGGGGCGGUCGUGGUGGUAACCGCCCACAAUACCCGGCGACUGUCGCCGAUCAGUAA